GGACAACAUGUCUUCUUUUCACUCCCUCCUGCCUCCCAUCCACACACCUCCUCUGGUUCUUCUCCUGCUUCUCACUUCCCUCCUCCCACACACUGCUCUUUCGCAGAACCCCGGCGGGGUCGGCGCGUCGCCACCAGCAGGGCCCACGAUGGCCGAUUGUGGGACACGCCUGCUGCCGUUGGUCCCGUGUGCGCCGUUUGUCCAAGGCACCGCCCCCUCUCCGGCCCGGCCUUGCUGCGAUGGGCUGAAACAACUGAACACCCAGCAGCCCGCUUGCCUUUGCCUCUUGCUAAAUAACACUGAUGCCUUGAGCUCUUUCCCUAUUAACUCCACGCUUGCUCUCGAGCUCCCACUUCUUUGUAGCCUCCAAUUUGACACUUCUUCAUGUUCAGGGGUUAAGGCACCUUCUAGUUCACCUGUUUCUCAAGUUUCCCCAGGUGUACUCCCCAAUGGUUCCAUAGCUGCAGCUGACACUCCAGGGGUCACAGUGGCCCCCAAAACCAGCAUUAUGGGGAUUGGAUUUGGCCGGAGUGGCAGCACAAAGUUGAACAUGAAAGGUUACGCGGUGGUGCUGGUGGCUGCUAUGGCAUUCAUGUCACUGGAUGUACAACUAAGCCCUCCAUAGGCUCCCUAUAUUUACAGUCUGCAUAUUCUCAUUGCAUAGAGCUUAGUUUGUCAAGCGAAAUGAAUUUAGUAUGAAAAAUGGAGUUACGAGUUGGUAAUGUAACAAUAUUUAAAUACUUUGAUCUACUAGAUGUUGUUUCCUUU